AUGUCUUCCUCUGAUCCUGACCUGUCCCGGAUCCUGCCCCGCGUGCUCAUCGUCUCCCGCCGCACCGUCCGCAAGAACAAGUUUGUGGACUUCGUCGGCGAGUACCACCUGGACCUCGUCGUCGGCUACGGCGCGGUGCCGGUGAUCGUGCCGCGGGUGGCCGGCAUACACGCCAUGCUCGACUCCUUCGACCCCAUCCACGGUGUGCUGCUCUGCGAGGGCGAGGACAUCGACCCCUCCCUCUACGACUCCGGCGCCGACCAUGACGAGGACGGCCUCACGCCGGAGCAGCUGGAGGCCGUGCGGCGUCUCCACCCCAGCGACGCCGCCGUGGACCACGAGAAGGACUCCAUCGAGCUCCUCCUCGCGCGCCGCUGCCUCGAGCGCGGCAUCCCGUUCCUCGGCAUAUGCCGCGGCUCGCAGGUGCUCAACGUCGCCUGCGGCGGCUCGCUGUACCAGGACGUCGAGCAGGAGCUCCCUUCCCAUGACGCCGACACCGCCGUGUGCCACAUGGACUACGACAACUACGACGGGCACCGGCACCCGGUGCGCGUCCUCCCGGGAACGCCGCUGCACGACUGGUUCGCAGAGUCGCUCGGCGGCGAUGAGAUGAUGGUGAACAGCUACCACCACCAGGGCGUGCGGCGGCUGGCGGAGCGGUUCGUGCCGAUGGCGUUCGCGCCGGACGGGCUGGUAGAGGGGUUUUACGACCCGGACGCGUACAGCCCAGCCGAGGGCAGGUUCAUCGUGGGGCUUCAGUUCCACCCGGAGCGCAUGCGCAAGGAUGGCUCCGACGAGUUCGACUACCCCGGCUGCGCCAAGGCCUACCGUGAGUUCGUCCGCGCCGUGCUCGCCUACCAGGCCAAACUCGCCACCGCGCCCGUGCGGGGCCGGUGGGCGGCCACGAUGCCGAAGCUGAGCCACGCCAUGGAGAAGCAGCGCAAGGUGCUCGUCCGGAGCUUCUCGCUGGCCAAGAACAUGUACUUCGGCGGCGGCGACACGCAGAAGCCGGCGGCUGAGGCGGAGCGGCGGGACCUAGACGCUGGCGCUGAGUUCCUGGAGACGGCGGCGCUGAGCUCGCAGCAGGAGAAGCGGCUGAAGCAGAUGGGCGCGACGGUGCGGAACGCGUCCGGGUACCUUAACAGCACGCUCAAGGUGAGCGAGGACCGGGAGGCGGCGGCCAGAGCGCUCAUGGCCAAGAUGUCGGCCGCGCAGCUGUCCAGCCUCGCUGCAUUCUACCGCGCCAUGGGAGCCAUCUGCGCCGACCUGCUUGACGCCAAGCUCCAGCCUACGUCUCCGACUCUGCACGAGUGAUGACUGGAAACCCAACGACUUACGAGUGCAAAGUUGAAAUGGGAUAGUACUACUAAAUUAG